AUGAGAUGCACUGUAUACAUUUUGCAGACCACGCAUGUGAAAUGGUCAUCACGUUGGGACUACAUCCUGGAUUCAGUUCCUCAUUCCAACAUUCAGUGGUUCUCGAUUCUGAACUCGCUUGUUAUCGUUCUCUUUCUUUCUGGAAUGGUCGGAAUGAUUCUGCUUCGAACACUACAUCGCGAUAUUGCACGUUAUAAUCAGCUUGAUAAUGAGGAAGAUGCACAAGAAGAAUUUGGCUGGAAAUUGGUACACGGUGAUGUAUUUCGUCCACCGCGCCAUGCGAUGUUCCUGUCUGUAUUCGUUGGUAGUGGAUGUCAGGUGCUCUUCAUGGUUGCCAUCACGCUUGUAUUCGCGUGCCUGGGCUUCCUUUCACCGGCAAAUCGUGGAUCUCUAAUGACAUUUGCACUUGUAUUCUAUGUUCUACUUGGUGUCGUUGCUGGAUAUGUAUCGGCAAGGCUUUACAAAAUAUUCGCGUGCCUGGGCUUCCUUUCACCGGCAAAUCGUGGAUCUCUAAUGACAUUUGCACUUGUAUUCUAUGUUCUACUUGGUGUCGUUGCUGGAUAUGUAUCGGCAAGGCUUUACAAAACAUCAGUGCAUUUAAAUUCUAGCAAUGAAUGGUUUGGCAUGGAAGACGAACGUACUGAUGACAAGUUUCCUGGUUCCUGGAUUCACUUUUUUGAUCUUGGUUUUAUUCCUGCGCCCGGGCCUGUUUUACUAAUGCAUUUAUUCAUUGAAGAAGGCAUUUGA